GAGGCGGCCCGCGGCGCCAGCCCCCGGCGGAAGCCGGAGCGGCGGGGACGGGCUUGUGUUCCCGAGCUGCCGAGCGCUUCCCAGCUUACUGAAAAUACCGCCUGAGGAAUUGCCUCUGAAAAACAUGCAUCUUAGUGAAGAGGAGAAACGAUUUUCUAGAAACUGAAUCUUGCAGGACCUACAGUAAAACAACUCCACAAAAGGAGGCAGCUUCAAGACAGAAAUGAGUGUCUGGAAAGUUUACAACAGCUUUAGCAGCAGCAAUGGAACAGAUCUAACUAUUGGCUUUACAUCUUCUACAGUAGCUGUCCUUUUAUUUGGGACAAAUUUUGUGCCUGUUAAGAAAUUUGAUACUGGUGAUGGCAUGUUUUUCCAAUGGAUUCUCUGUGCUUCCAUAUGGAUAAUCUCUUUGGUGGUCAAUCUUAUCCAAAACUGCCCCCGAUUUUGGCCUCUGGCUAUGGUUGGGGGUUUUGUGUGGGCUACAGGCAAUGUUACAGUUGUUCCUAUUGUUAAAACUAUUGGCUUAGCUCUUGGCCUUUUGAUAUGGGCUUCCUUUAAUUUGCUAACAGGCUGGGCAAGUUCAAGGUUUGGUUGGUUUGGAAUUGACCCAGAAGAGGUAUCAAGACCAGUUUUAAAUUAUAUUGGAGCUGGACUUUCAUUGUUAAGUGCUGUCAUAUUUCUUUUUGUAAAAACUGAAGUGCAGAGUUCUUCAGCUUCGUUAGAAAGCACCCCACUACUCAGAGAAAAUUCUAUCAAUGUUUCUGAAAAUAAUCCUGAUGAUUCAUGGGUAAACAGACUAUCUCCAGCAAGAAAGAGAGUCGUAGGAUGUAGCCUGGCUGUAGUAGCUGGAAUACUCUAUGGCUCCAGUUUUGUACCUGUACUUUACAUCAAGGACCACGGAAGAAGAAAUGGAACUAUAUACACAGGAGCAAGUCAGUUUGAUUUAGAUUAUGUUUUUGCACACUUCAGUGGAAUCUUCCUUACAAGUACCAUAUACUUUUUGAUCUACUGCGCAGUCAGAAAAAAUAAACCUGAUGUUUAUCCCCAAGCCAUACUGCCAGGGUUUCUUUCUGGUGUGCUUUGGGCAAUAGCCAAUUGCUGCUGGUUCAUAGCCAAUCACUACCUCAGUGCUGCAGUCAGCUUUCCAAUAAUUACCGCAGGUCCCGGCCUUGUUGCUGCAAUGUGGGGAGUCCUCGUAUUUAAAGAAAUCAAGGGACUGAAAAACUACUUGUUACUCACAGUAGCAUUUUGCAUCAUUUUGGCUGGAUCACUCUCUACAGCUUUUUCUAAAGUUUGAAACGAUCAUCUAGACCAGUAGAUGGUGCUACUGUCAAAUAAAAUCACUGGUAAAGAAGCUUGCAUCUUAGGACAUUUUGUAGGCUAAUUAUUUCAGUUUAUGCUCCUGAAAUAAUCCAAAAGAAAAUAUUGGUAUAUUGCAAUACAUAAUAAUGUUCCAAAUGUAUGUCCAACACUUACCCCAGCUUGCUUCAGGCAAGGAGAAAGAAAACCUUUGCUAAAUGUUUCCAUUUGGCAUGAAAGAAAACCUUGAAGUGUGUGCUUCUGUAUUGCUUGAAAUAGUGAGAAUAUCAAGGGAUUAUAUUAAAUAAAGCUAAAUAAUUUAACAGUUA